AUGAGUUGUUUGUUAUUUUUGUAUCGUUUUCUCUUAGAAGCUUAUGGCGUUGAUCAAAUAAAGGUCAUAAUUUCUUUAAUAUGGGGCCAUGAUAACAGGGCCAUAUAUGUCGACAGGCCUAUCCGCAUUGUUUCAAUAUGCUUUAAGCGCGAGACUGGAACCGUCCAUUUUAGGAUGGGGUGCAAAGCCGUUCGACCGGCGUUCAACCUGCCGGCAGUCAAACUCAAUUCAUUUUGCUUGAAAUCGCCCGAGAUGAACGGCUCAGUUAGUUCGAGAUUUGAUCCCGCUUACUUCCUCACCCCGGACCCGCCGUCCUUUCCGGCUGCCUCCACAGCGAACAUAAUGCAGGGCAACAUGUGCUCCUGGAACGGAACAUGCGGCCACAAUAUUUCGAUCCUCCCCCCCGGACCUGGUCUCAUUAUGCAGCAUCUCCGCGAGCAUCACUCCGAAAUUUUACCCCUUGCCACCGGGGACCGCAGAGACUGUCGUUGGUGCAUGGCCGACGGCAGUCUAUGCGGAAAGCAGAUUAUUAGCAGGGACUUCGGAAAACACAUUGCGACUGUCCAUCUGAAGUCCUCUGCCAAGAUCUGCGCCCGAUGUUCUCGCAUCUUCUCCCGAGGCGACUCUCUUCGGAGGCACUUGAAGAAGUGCGGUGGCAAGCAUACUUGA